GGAGCCAGAACUACGUGCAACAACCAUGCGAGCUUCAGUUUUCGCCAGGACAUCGUCGUGAAAAAAGGGUUGCGUCUGCUCGAUACGGAAAGAUCUCCCUUUCUCUGUUGUCGUAGGUCACGAUCUCCUCGUGGUGCGCGUCGCUCGUUCGAUCGGAGCGAUCAUGAGGACGCGCUUCGAUCGUAGACCGCGUCGCGGUGGCAUCAGCAGCGACGAUAUCGUCCCGCGAACGGUCGAAUGAGAGUGAAAGCGCGACACGGGGGUUGCACUUGGAAGCGAGUAUUUUGCAUUUCACCCUUCUCACGUAGCACCGAUGGACUCUAUUAACACGCUAUGAUUUGACUCGUUCCGUGUUUGCCGUGCGUUUAUACUCGCGCGCACUGGCGGAUCUGUUGGCGCUGUGUAACGAUACAUGUUGCAUUAAUUGUCUUUCUCUGUGCCAUUGCAAAUCUCUUCCGAGCUGUCAUCCGAAGCGUGAAAGCUGUGCAUCGCGCGAGUGUGGAUUCAUCAUUCAAAACUCGCGUCACUGAUGGUUAGAUGAAUUUUUUUUUAAUUUCCGGUGGAUAGUCGUCGCGCGGUACCCGCGCCAAAUUCUCCCAGGGGUCACGUGAGGUGCGCGGAUGGAGGGAAAACCGAUUCUGUGGUAAAUCUGAGGCUCACCGAGGGUGCAUGACGACCUGUGCGCUUCCCAGUGACUGUAUGGCAACGUCCACGGUGGCCGAUCAACAUGAGGCCGCCGUCGAGAAGACCUCGCCGGACGUUUCCGAGCGCGUUCUCAUGAACGUCUGCCCGCCGAGCAGCUUCCCGGACAAGUUUCAAGAUUUCUUCGCGGCGCUCACCGAGGACGGCGACGAUCUACCCAGCAUGCUCGAGGACAAGCUCAUACCUAGGAAACUGGACAGCAUGAGCGUGGACGCGAAAGGCAGACGCUGGAGUAAGAGAACAUUCCAGAGGCGGAGCAGCGAGGUGGAGGUCAGCCUGCAUCACACCUCGUUGUCCGGAACCCAAGGUCACGGCUGCGUCGACGGUCCGAAGUCGCCGAUCCCCCUCCGGCGCAGAAGCUCGAGCAUCGCCGUCGCCAGACCGACGCCGGAUUUGCACAGGUUUCUACAAGCGGAGGCUGGUCCUUGGGGUCACCUGUCGCCCUCGCCCAGAAGCCCCACAAGAACACCGGCGAUAAGUCCCGGUACCGUGUCGUCGUCGUCGCAUCUAACAAUAAGUCCGGGCGCCAGUCCGGGCGGACCCAGUCCGACAAGUCCUUGCGGAUCAACAUCCGGUGCCCGUGGACCGGGUCCUAAGCAGUAUCGCGGCAGGACGAGCAGCAUGCCAGCGGUUCCGCGUCACAGGCCGAUGCUGGCCGAUACGAGACGCAGUGGUGCAGUGGGUACCGAGGAGGGCGAGGCCGAAGACGGGGUGGAAUAUUACAGGCUUCGAUCGUUCUCCAUUACGGCGAACGGGGUCUUCAACUUGGGCGAUUCGCUGAAGACGCGGCGCAGCAGGAGCAUCAACAGCGUCACAUCCUCCGGUACCAGCUGCAGCAGCACCCGGGAGGCCAGGUUGCUCAGCUCGGCCUCGCAGCUUUCCGGCAUAGGGGCGGAGGAAGAUGCCGACAAUGAUCGGGUCGCGACUUACAAAGUGGGUAUGCUGGGCGCAUCGGAAGUCGGAAAAACCGCCCUCACUGCGCAAUUCACCACGAGCGACUACAUCUGCGCGUAUGACGCGUCUCUCGACGAGGAAUACGGGCAGAGAAGCGUGUCGGUGAUGCUCGACGGCCAGGAGACCGAACUGGAGAUCAUUGAUCAUCCCUCCGCAGAGAUAUCAGUCGAGACCUUUUGUUCCACCUACAAUCCGGACGUGUACGUGGUGGUCUAUUCAGUAGUGGACAGAAGAAGCUUAAAAGUGGCCGAGGAAACGUUGCUAUAUUUGUGGAAGAGCGAUUACAUGGCUACUCACGGUGUCAUCCUGGUCGGCAAUAAAGUGGACCUCGAGAGGAAACGGGAGGUGCCAUCAGUGGUCGGUCGCCGUUUGGCAAACAGCUGUGGCUGCAAGUUCAUCGAGACCUCGUCUGGCCUGGCUCACCACGUGGACGAGCUUCUGGUCGGCAUCCUCGCGCAAAUCAAGCUGAAUCCGCAGCGCAGCCGGGACCAAGCCACCAGACGCCGUCGCAGCAAGCAGCGCAGGCGGAUCUUGAAGCACCUGCUCGGCUUUAAGAGGAAAACCAAGAGCUGCGAGAACCUCUUCGUACUUUAACAUUCUCGCGCGUGCAAAGCGGGAGUGAUCUUCACCGAUUUCGCGAGCGUGUCGCUCCUUGGCCCUUAGGACGCGUCCUAUCGUCGCGAUCGGUCUCGUGGACGGGGCGGAAAUUCUGCGACGUGGGCGAAAAAUGUAUCUGACGAGAGGCCACGGAUCGCUAACGUGAAUAUUGACAGAGCAGCCUCAUGAGCUGCAACGGUGCGCGAUCGGAACGCGAGGAAGCUCGUGUCGAUGAUGUACGCAACGGGAGUCGUCGAGCGCCUUUGCGUCCGCGAGAACAUAAGGCACCGCGUCGUUUCGUCGAACUUCAAAGCUCCGAAUAAUUAGAGCGAGGAGGAUUAAAGUGAAAUUCCCCGUGAAACGCGCCGUGCGUGCAUAAAUAACGAUUCUCCGAGGGCUCCCCGAUGCGUUGCCUCGCGUCUCUCUAAGUCGCUCUUUCUCUUUCUUCCCGUUCUCUCGCUCCCGCACAGAGAAUAAUUGUUGUUGCAUAUUCCAUCGGGCGAUAUUGAUGUACGCGUUGAUCUCUCACGUGGCUUCACGUGCGAACGCCACGCUGUAAUUUAUCACGAGGGCGACGUCAAGUAGGACAAACAGCGCAAUAAGUUGGAAAUUAUUAUCGGCGACGAAUGGAACGUGCGAUGAAAAUUGCAUAUGCAAAUGCUCUCCAUUGUGAGAGGCAAGCUGUUGCAAGAUCACGAGGACGCAGACACGAUGGUGUGGCUCUGAAACGCGGGAUUAAUGCGCGCCGGUGUUUAAACAAUUUCUGCGAUAAUUUUCCAACGCUUUGUGUGGUGUCUUCUAUUGUACCCACGAACUGUAAUCUACUUGAAUGACUACUUGAUUAAGACGGUCGCAGAUUCGUCAUAUUUCCGAAGAUGUGAAUAAACUACUUGCAUCCGAUAAUCUAGAUUAAUAUUUGCAACAGUACGCUGGUAUAAUUAAUAAUAAUUAAACUCCGGAUUACACAGUAAUGCCACUUUGAAUGCAGGAUUAAUCGCGAAAACACCAAUUUACGUAAUGACUUCGCCUCGCGAUGGAAAUCUGCGUUAACAGGUAUCGAACGAGCGAUAUAACGAAUUCACAGCGUACAAACGCGUUAAAUUAUCUCGCGAUGGAAGGGAUUGAGAUAUCAUAAAUAUUGUACAGGGAAUUCUCUCUCGUGCAGCGCUCUUUUCUUUAAGAAGGAAUACUCGUUCUCGUACAAACUUGUUACUUCGCUGCGGCUUGUGAAGAAUUUUCCGAACCCGAGUAAUUAUUCAAAUUGAAGGAAACUUAACAGGUAAAUUAACAAAAAUGCGCAAAUGAUAAAAUCUUUAAACAACGUGCGAACGUGCAUUUCAUUCGCGCGGUGUGGGAUCAAUGGAACGAAACCGACCAAACGCAAGUAUCUUGUACGCAAAAUAGUUUUGCAAAAAUAGAUGUACAAGUGUCGAUAUUAAAAGAUAUAAAAUUUACACCGCGGAUGCCGCGUCAAAUGGCAAGUGACAUACCUGUGUCUGCGUUACACUGGUGUCUAUUUAACAUCGAUAUUGUAUAAGAGCAAUUGGUAGACGAUUUUAUUUUCGACAUAUCACGUAACUGCGAGGGAUGCAUUUAUUGGUAUUACCGCGUGAUCGACGUUACGCGAGCGGCUGCAUCGAGCUCGUAUUUCGCAGAGAAAACCCGAUAUUUUGAUUAGGAUUUGUCGGCCGUGUGUGCGAUUUCUGUUUAAAGGAAUGGAGUAAAAGUAAUGAAUGUUUUAUAUGGAUUUUUAAUAAAUUCCUUUCUUUCAUUUUCUGCGAAAA